UGUAAUCAAGUUAGGCUUAAACAAGGAAGUUAAAGUAGUUUGUAAGGCAUGGAAAAACAAAUUAACAAUUCAUUUCAAGUCUAAGGCUUGUUGUGUUAGCAUGGGGAUUUUUUGUUUUCUGUGGGUGUUUUCUCUCUCGGUUUUCAACUAUUUGUUAGCUGCUGAAGAUGGACCAAGGGAUUGCUCACCAAAUGAUGAAUUGCCAUGUUUGUUGUAUACGUUCAGUGGUAAUGGUUGUAGUCCAGACAAAUUAUUGCAGCAGUUUGGCAACCAAUAUCUGACCAACUCCCUCAAUGUGCCCGGCUCAGUCAGUAACAUCUCUGCCAAGGCUCAGUACAAGUUUACAAAUGAUGGCAAAAAAUACAGCGAAAUUAAUCUUACAAUUACACCACCUGGUAAUAUGCACAACCCAGGAGCUGUGCAAGGUUUUCAAGUUGUGCGAUACUUGACUUCCAAUAGACUGCUAAAAUGUGACAUUAUGAUUCUUCAAAAUUACUCAUGGACAGAAAAUAAUUUACAGACUCCAUUUAUGCUGAGCUAUUUUCCAUCACCAGAUGAUGUUGAUUUUCAAGUGUACACCCUCCCGAUGCAUGAAAAUAGGGACAAGUUUGACUUCUUCAGAACUCUUUCUGUAUCAAUGCCUGGUUCAUCAAGCUCAAAGAUGGCAAGAGACUGGAUUGCGUCAGUAUAUGUACGAGGGUUGCAAGAGAUUGGAGCUAUUGAGGUGGAAAUUAUCUCACCUCCCGCACAAUACAACUUUACCGAAUUUACCUACACCCUUCUUGUACCAGUUGGGACUUUAAACAUUGUUAAACAAAGGAAUCAAUCUGAUAAGUAUCUGCACACAUUUUCCAAUGUGACCAGCGGGACUUAUAAAGUGACGGUAAAGCCAUAUGAUCCAUACUUUUUGGAUGGAGAUCAGGACAAAUGCCUAUGUGAAGACUGUGUACCGUGUACCACCACAACUACAUCAGCUUUUAAUUUUACUUUCACAGGUCCAACAUGUAAAAUUGAACCACAAGAAGACCUGCAAUUACAAUUCUGCAAGGCUACCACAACCACAACCGUUGUACAACAUUCUGUCUCCAAGUCCAGCCCAACUGCCGAACCUGUGACGUCUUUAAUCACUACACCCCGUAGCACGGAGGGAUGGAAGGUGGGGCUUGGGGUGAUGGCGGCCAUCUUGGCUGUUAUUGGGGUUGCUGCCGCUGUUGCAAUAUUCAUCUACAGACACAGGUGUUUGAGGGCAGAUGACAAUGCAAUCACCAAACAGGAAGAGGGUGUGGCCACCAAUACACCAAAGCAAAAAGACAACAGGGGUUUUAUGGAUGACACAGGGUCAAUCUUCACAGAUAAAUUGACAAUUCUUCCGAACAACAAUAAUGUGGUUGAGAAAGUCCAGUUAAAAAAACGCCCCAAGUUGUUCCUGCUGUAUGAAGAUGAGAAUCGCUUUCACCGGAAUGUUGUCACAAGUUUCGCCACAUACCUUCAACAGCAUUGCUACUGUACAGUCAUGUGUGCAGAAUGGGAGCUAGAUGAUCAUUGGGUGCACCAGGAUCUUCAAGAUGCGGACUUUGCAAUUAUCGUGAACUCAGAGGGUGCAUUUAAGGCAUAUAAUGAUAAAUAUGGCAUUGACGAUGGGUAUAGCGGUACUCCGCCAGGAUCUCGAAAAAUGUCAAGUAUCAACAGCUUGAAGAACAAAUUCAAGCAUGACGAACGAUAUGAUAACAUUGUCAUGGUAUAUUUCAAGUAUACUGAUGAGAAAUUCAUUAUUCCCGAUAUUUGUCCAGGUUAUACAUACAAAUUGAUGAAAAAUUUCACUGAUUUUCUCCUUCACAUUCAUCAACUUCAUCGCACAGAUAAUCUGGCUCAGUAUGAUCUUCCCUUAGACGGGAAUCAUCGGCUAAAACCCAUAGGUCAGCAAUUGAACGCUGCUAUUGCUGAGGCCUUGGCUUACGAACAAAACAAGCCAACGAAACCAAAACCAAUAUAUGAUCGCAUUGAUAGCAGUGGUAGCAGAUUUGAUUCUGGUCUUCCGCAGGAUUUUGGCUCUCCUGGUCAGACCCCUGUUUCUGAUAAGCCAGAUGCUUGGUCACAUGCUGGAUUCCAAGAUAGGCUUAUUGCUAUGCUUAAUCCUGACGAUGCGAUAACAAUUACCCCAUCCGAUGUUGGCCUCUGCAUUGAAAAUGGUCAUGUUUAUGAAAAAGUUGAAAAUGGAUCUGAUCAAUCUGCUCAAGUGUAUGCAAAGUUAAAAGCAGGCACACAAAAAUCUAGACCAAGCCUGAAUAUUCCCCCUCCACAAAAUCCUGAUCAGGAUCAUCCAGGCACUCAGUCAGCUUCUUCUGACCCUAUUGACCAUGAUUUUGAAUUCAUCCUUCCAGAUGAUAUUGAUGGCUUUGAUGUGGUUAGUAAGACCAUCUCUGAACAAAUGCAGCAUAUAGUGGACAGAUAUGAUACUGAUCAGAAUGAUCAGAAUGACCCCUCAGGGGCCAGAGGAAGGAAUCAAGACCUUCUGCUUUUGCAGGCUCACUGUAAGAAUGGGGAAGUUAUCAGCUUAGGGGGAGAAAGUGUUUAAAUAUCUUGACUGUCAUUCUGAAAAAUAAGCAUAUUUGUUUGGAGACUGGGAAUUAUUUCAUAGCCUUGUAAUGAUUAAUUAGCAAAUUAAGUAAGAUAUGGUCAUAAUCCAAGGUCUCAGCAAUGUUAUUGAAAUAAAGUAGAUGAUUUAUGGAAAGAAUAUACAGUAGAAACUCACUAAACCGGACAUGGUCCAGACUGGGCAAAAUUUCCGGUUUAGUGAGGAUUCCGGUUUAGUGAGGAUUUGAUGUACGGAGUAAGUUUACUCAAAAUAUUAACUGACUUAACCUUUAAAGGGAAGUUGAAAACUGGAAUAAAAUAAAAACACAUGAAGAUAACAUUUAUUUUACAUCAACAACGACGUUCAGAUGGAUGUUGAGACAUGAUUAAAGGACAUGCAAAAGUGAUAAACAUAAUUAAACAUUUCUGCGUUUUAUAAUCAGCUUUUUUUUUUAAGUCUUAAAAUAAAACAACUCGCGAAAACGACCACUUCAUCACCAAUCAAAGUUCUUGAUUUGAGUAACAAACAAACAGAUUAUCGGAUUAUCUGUAAUUUAAUGCUUGUUAAGAAUGUUUGAUAGUUUAAUUAACGCAUCGCUCUAAUUUGAUUCAAUCGUAGAAGUCUUUAGAUAAAACAACCCUCCAAAAUGAUCACUUAAUAACCGUUUCUAGUUCUCUAUUUUCUGCAACAAACAAAUUAAUGUUUCAAUCAAUUUUCUUUUCACAGGUUUGAUUAUCGUGCAAUCCACAGCGCAAUCAUCAUUAUCGAUAACACAACAUCACAGGUGCAAUAUUUAACGACGCACCGGCUGUCAAAACAAAAUGACACGCGAAUUCCUAAUACAAAAAAUCAUUUUGACAUUGUUGGAACAAAUAUAUGUCCGGUUUUGGAAGGUAAAAUUACGUUGACAACUAACAAAUUUUCUCGAUUUUUUGUCCGGAAUUCCGGUUUUGUAGGGAUUUUUUUACAUUGAAAAUAGAAGGGGGAAACCAGGACUCUGCAAAAAGUCCGGUAUCCCGAGGAUUCCGGUUUUGUGGAGUUCUGGUUUAGUGAGUUUCUACUGUAUAUGGACAUUUUUUGCAUUCUCAUUGAGAGAACAAAACAUUUUUUCCGAGUAACAGAAUACUUUUUCUGCCUUAUUUGAUAAACAUUGUAAUUAUUACUAAGUAAGCAGUUUAAUCAAGCCAAGAGUGUUGAUAGAAUUUCAGGAAGAACUUUGAACAACCGCCAUUCAGGAGCCAUAUAUGUUAUAUUAUUAUUAUUACCACUUAUUACAAGUACCUCUAGCCUUUGUAAAAUAUCUUCUUACUUUUUAUAUAAUACUCUUCCUGUACUUAAUUGCAAAGAAAACUAUUGGCUAUGUUUGUGCCAUGAGUAUUGUAAAUAUUGCUGAUGAUGCAUAAUAUCAUGUCAUGAUACUAGAUUAUAGUUGUAUUUUUUCUAUUUCAUUAUAAAGGUGCUGUUUUGUUACCCAACAUGUAUGAAUUAUCCAUAAAUACAAUAAUUGCACUGACAACCUCUUCAGGAGUUUUCACUUUCAAUUAAUAUGAUAAGCGUGUUCUUUGUAGUCAAACUAUUUAAAGUUGUAUUGUAAUGAUUUAGAAGAUUAAGGUUGUGGUUAAAUAUUACUUGACACAUUCUUACAUUGAUUUUUUUAGUAGGUAAAGCACAAAAAGCUGAUAAAAUAACAGUCUAGUAAAUUUCAAUUCUGAUUAAUUGAUAGAAAUUUUUAAUGGAUUUUUAAGUGGUGAAUUCACAAACUGCGACUUUCUUUUUCAGAUGUUAUUCUGUUUCAUUACAGGGACUGAAAGUAGUUUGAAUACUAUAUUUAGAAAAAUAUUAAGGUUAUAAGUUUAGGGUAUGUAUGCAUGAACAAGACAUUAGCUAUGUUUUGUUUAAUAGUAAUAUGUACUGCUAAUCAUGUACAUUUCAAUUUUGAGAGUAUAUAUACUUAAACAGGAAUUAUAUCCAUAGUUUAGAUUGCCAUAACACACCACUCUCAGUGAGAGUAUAGCUGAGGUAAGAUAGAUCCGUAUCAGUAUCACAGUAUGACAGUCCCUCUUUCACAACAAAGUUACAGACUAUGAAAAACCCUUACAAAUUCUUUACGGUUUCAUAGCAUAUAUGUGGAGAAUUUAUUAAAAAUGUAAAAUACUGUCAGAAUAUCAACAUUGUUCAAACUAUUUCCGGUCUUUUUUGCAUGUAGUUAUGUAUAUCUUUGUUAUGUUUAUUAUGUAUAUGUUUAUCAUAUGUUUUAUUUACUUCACAGUAUAAUCAGAAUUGUUCAGUAUAUUUGAAUUAUGAAAACAUUUGUAUUAAUCAUGUAUUCAAAGGAAAACUUGCUUGAAAUCCAUCUUUGUUGUGAUAUGUGUUACAAUACAUCUCUUAGCAUUUGUGUGGAAUAACAUUUUUUUGUUGUUAUUUUAUAGUUUCAAAACCAUGUAAUAUUGAAAUAUUAGUUCACCCUGCUUUGUUCAUGUUUGUUUACAUUGUAAAAUUUUACUAAAAUUCAUUUAGCAUUAUACUUUGCAUCGUUCUUACAGAUUGUAUUUUUAUUAUUUUACUGGUAAUCAUAAAAGUUGUUGCAUUUUAAUUAUAAUUUUAAUUUUCUUCAUUACUGUCUAUCAUUGUUGUUAAAUGUAGUAUUUUAGUAUAGAAAUCUCAUUGUUUAAACUCUCCGUUAUCACAUUCAUUUCAUAGUGUCUUCAUUUCUCUCUAGGUUUACAGAAUGUGUAUCAAAUUAUCAAAUUAUGAUCUCUUUUUCGAGUUAUGUUAACUUUACAUUUUUCACCCUUUUCUGCAAGUUACUUUCAAUUGUGCCAUACAGUGUCCUAACAGAAUUGUCCUAUUUUUUAGCAAAGGUUAGGUAUUCUACUAACAUAUAUAUAAACAUAUAUUAGUCCCAGUACCACGGUAGCCAAUGUGAUGGUAUGUAUUAUCACCGCGUUCAUCUGCUGCUAACGGGUACGACUUCCGAAAACAUGCACACAGCAUAUCGCCGCAAUGCUGCUUACUGAGAUAUGUAGGUGUUUUUACAGGUACCGUUGGUAUAAAUAAAAGAUUGCACAUGUAAAUUGAACCAUGCUCGCAGAAUGGAUUUCACCCGAUUGCGAGGUAAACAAUCUUAUCCCUCAACCUUGAUAAUUAUAUCGCUGGAAUAUUGAGUGUUUGUUAAAGAAUUUAUAAAAAGUUAAUUGAUACCAAAGUAUAUCUGUGAAAGGGCUUUCAGGCUUUUAGCAAGAGUUUGUACUAGAAGCUCCGUCCGUUUUUCACGCGUCUUUGUUAGAAGAACAGAGAUUAUUGUACGUUUUUGUGUCACAAUUACUAAAACAAAACUGAAUUUAGUUUUCAUUUUUAAAGUUAUCAUUGUGCAAAGGGUUUGAUUAAAUGUUAUUUGUUAAAUUCAUUUACUUCUUUAAAAAUAUUACAAUAAUAGUGAAAGUGUCACAUAUAGACAAACUGGAAAUAAUAAGAUUACAAAGCAUAGUAAAACGAUAGUGAAAAAUGUGCACACUCGUAUUCCAUCAUUCUAAAUUUAGAUUCUUGUGAAAACUUUCCCUGUUGCAAAGCAUCAUAAUUUUCAGGGAUCAAAUUACAUUUUGAGUAAGAACCAAGUGAUUUUUAGCUCGACUAUUCGAAGAAUAAGGAGAGCUAUACUACUCACCCUGGCGUCGGCGUUGGCGUUGGUGUCACACCUUUGUUAAGGUUUUGCAUGUAAGCACCUUUAAGUCAUUAUCUCAGUAAAUACAUCAGUUAUUGCAUUGGAAAUUUGGAUAUGUAUUCCCAACUGUCUUAAAUACUAAAUUAAUGAAGUUAGAUACCAAUUAUUUGAAUAUAAUGCAAAAAAUAGGCCUUUAUUAUUCGACUUGGAAAUUCUGGUUAAGGUUUUGCGUGUAAGCACACAUAGGUUAAUAUCUCAGCAACUACUUGAGGCAUUGCAUUGAUACUUGAUAGAAUGGUACUCAACCAUCCAACCUACUAAAUUAACCAAGUUAGAUAACUCUAGUUUACAUUUAAUGCAAAUAAUUGCCCUUUAUUAUUUGACUUAGAAAUUCUGGUUAAGAUUAUGCGUGUAAGCACUCAUAGGUUAAUAUCUCAGCAACUACUUGAGGUAUUGCAUUGAGACUUUAUACAAUGGUAGUCAACCAUCCAAUCUACUAAAUUAACCAAGUAAGCUAACUCUAGUUUGCAUUUAAUGCAAAAUAAUUGCCCUUUAUUAUUUAUUGACUUAGAAAUUCUGGUUAAGGUUUUGCAUGUAACCACAUUUAAGUCAAUAUCUCAGCAAAUAUAUUAUGUAUUGCAUUGAAACAUUAGAUAUGUAUUCCCAGAUAACACUUUUUUGAAUAUAAUGCAAAUUAUGGGCCUUUAUUAUUUGACUUAGACAUUCUGGUUAAGGUUUUGCAUGUAAACACACAUAGGUUAAUAUCUCAGCAUUUACUUGAUGGAUUGCAUUGAGACUUUAUACAAUCUACUUAAAUAACCAAGUAAGAUAACUCCAGUUUGCAUUAAAUUAAAAUAAUGGCCCCUUUUUUAUUCGACAUAGAAAUUCUGGUUAAGGUUUUGCAUGUACCCACUUUUAAGUCAAUACCUCAGCAAAGACAUCAUGUAUUGCAUUAAAAAUUUACACACAGGCUCCCAUCUAUUUAACCUUCUUAUUUAAUCAAGUAAGAUAACUCUAUCUUUUAUAAUAUAUAAUUUUUGCCCCUUUAUUAUGCGACUUAGAAAUUCUGGUUAAGGUCUUGCAUGUUAGCACACAUAAGAUAAUAUCUCAGCAACUAUUUUGAUGUAUUGCAUUGAGACUUUAUACAAUAGUAUUCAAUCACCCAACUUAAUUGAAUAACCAAGUUAGAUAACUGUAUUUUGCAAAUAAUGGGCCUUUAUUAUUAGAACUAGAAAUUCUGGUUAAAAUUUUGCAUGUAACCACAUUUAUGUUAAUAUCUCAGCACACCAUGUAUUGCAUUGAAUUCUAAUUUAACAGUGAACCAUGCAUGUUUUGCCUAAACGUUUCAAUCCUUACAUUGAAAAGCGGCGGAAUAGUCGAGCGCGCUGUCUCUGUGACAGCUCUUGUUAGAUUACCGGAUGAGUUUGUAUGAGUUUAAUUUAACUGAAUAGAAUAACAUUGAUGGGAACAAAGAAAUAGCCUUCAGAAAAUUGACAUCCACCUUAAUUACCAUUAAUUAACAUAUUGCAACAACGUAUGUAGCUUCGACUCGAUGCGGCAGAACGCGGGGAAAUUUAUAGAAAUAAACAGGGUGGGCGUUAUGCUUCUAUCGCGGGGUAUAGUGAAAAUUGGAUUAAAAGAUAACAUCCGCAGUAAGGAAAAAUCGCGGCGAUGUGCAAUACCUGCAAGAAGCAUGUAGUUGGUUGUGUAGGAUAAAAUAAUGAGAGAAAAAAAAUAAAGUGUGUAUAUAACUAUGAUAAAGUCUCAGAUAAUGUGUGAUAAAACCUGGAGGUUCACACUGUGCUUUAUUGAACAAAAAUGGAUGAGAAAUACUAAGCUCAUCCCUCACUCGACCACUGACUCAUUAUAAGCUAUUGAGGUAGGUAAAUGGGAGGAGCACAGCGCUUUGCAAACAGUACCUGAGCAGUUGCCAGACUCUUUUUGAGGUUUUAGACUGGAGACAUACUGAGAAAUAACACUUCAAAUGAUAUUUCGCAUGAAGAAAAUUAAGCUCCUGUUUCUAAAGUUGAAGUGAUGCAAGCGUUUUCAAAUGAACAAUUAAAAUAUUGUUUAGUGAAAAACGCUGAUUUUAUGUGUCUAAUUACCUCCAUUUUUUCAGUUGAAUAUAAUUUAGCUUUCAAUUGAAAUAUUUUAUGAAAAUAAUGAUGUAAGUAUAAUUAUUUUGUUUACAAAAAUAUUUAAACCAAUAACUUCUUAUUUAAAAAAACCCAGAAAAAUCAUUAGUAUAUAAAGUAACAUAGAAUAUUGGCAUUAAGAAAAUCACAUGAUAUGUAAAUUUUGUAAUGACCUUGUGUGUGCUAAGUUUAGGUUAUAGGUUUUGUUUUGUUGCAUUUUGUUAUUUCCAUUAAUGCAGUAUUUUAUCAUCAUGGGGGUUAAAAAGUGUCAAAAUGGUUAUAAGAAGUAAUUUAGAUAUACAUACAAAAAAAUAAGUUUACAUCACCAACUUAUAAUGGGAUGUUGAUUUUGUUAGAAAUUCUUCUGUAAUGCUAUAUAUUUGCUUUACGGUAUUUUAAAUUCAACAAUGACCAGCCUUCUUUAUUUCAAUUUUUAUUUUUAUCAGGAAAAAUGCUUAGUCCAAAACAACAAAAUUUGUUGGGUGUGUGUGUUGUUGUUUUUCAAGUAAUUUCUUUUAAAGGAAGCACUUCUAAUAAUUACCUUAUUUUGGCAGAAAAAAAAAUCAUUUUAAUUGAUAUAACGUUAUUUUGCUUAGCAACCUAUGAUAUCAGCUCAUUAACAAUAAAUAAAUAAAAAUGCAUGCGGCAGAAUAUCCAAAAUAGAAUUUGUGAUGUGAGGUUAACAUAAAGAUGAAAUAAGGCUCAGGACAUCCUCUCUUAUUUUAAAUAAUUCAUCAUGCACUCACUGAUCGAUAUGUUUUAUUUGUUGAGGCAUGAUUAGAAAUGUGUGUUUGAUCCUAUAGCCUUAAAAGUAUGACACUGCUGAUAUUGGACUAUGUUCUAUGCAAUAUUAGCAUUAUAAUGAGUUUGAUAUAAUAAUACAUUUUGAUUCAUUUGUUUUUCGAAGAAAAAUGUCAAGAUAUUGUCCAAGGUUUGUUGUCAUCUGAGUUGGUGUCUUGAAAGCCAUAGCUGAAAACCUGUUCCAGAUAUUUAUGUGAAACUUGGUACAUAUGUUACUUCUCACAAUGUGCAAAACUAUGUUCAGCAAGACCAAACACUUGUAAUAGUAGAUGAGUUACGCCAAUUGAUUAUCUCAACAAACAACUGAGGAGAGUUUUCAGAAAAAAAAUGAAGGUUAAAACAGCAAAAUAUCAUGAAGGCUUUAUAACUACUGUUUUCCCUUUUAUAGUGUUUUGCAAGUGCUUGAUCCUUAAAUAGUACUGCAUACUCAUUAUCUUUAUUAAUAAUUUUUGCUUAAAUAUUUUUAGACCACACUAUUAAUUGUGGUCCUAAGUUGCUACAGGAAAUAAUUUUACUUGGAAAUGUUGGUCGACGACUCGCAAUAACUAGUACAAUUAACUGUCACACACGAGAUUUAUCUGGAUAUCAACUAAGAGUUAUUCCCCUGUAAUAAAUGAAAAAAAGAAGCAAAUUUCACUAUCCUUAGCUAUUGCUAUGUAAAAUUAAGAGUAGAAAUUGAUAAAACUUAGAUGAAAUGUCUGUAAUUAAAGUGUGAUGGUGCAUGUGAGAAAUUUGUAUGAAUCGAGUCAAUAACACAUAAGAAAUUGCCUAUUAAUUAAAGAAAGAGCUCUUAUUUGAGCAUUAGGAAUCAUUAACAUUAUAACUAAUUGACAGUUCCUUCCCUACCAUAAAAGUCUCAGGUGACAGUGUUUUUCCCUACCAUGUUACUCACAUUAUACUUUAAUUUUUAUUUAUUUUUUUUGCAAUUUCGAUAUCAAAGAGUAAAAUAAUUAUAAAAUUAGUGCUUUCAGAUGCAUUACCGUGAAAAAUAAAUUGGUCCAAAAACAUGAGCUAAACCCUUUAAAGGGUCAGAUAUUCAACAUUUAAGAUACAAUUAUUGUAUCUGCAGAAAAACAGUCAUUUGAACAUAAUAUCAGAAAUAAAUUGUUCAUCCAUGUGUGAAAACGUUGCAGAACAUGCUUCAUUUUGCUGAAAAAGCACUAAUAUCCGAGUUUAAUAUUAAAUGGUUUUUAUUUAAUUUUAUAAAUUUCCUGUUCAAUUGAGUCAGUAUGCAUUUCUUAGUUUUUGGUGUUUUAAUUGAUAUUGUGACUCGAUUUCAACAAAAUUAAUUUGAAUAACAAAUGUUGCCAACAUGGUGUUAAAGAGUCUCUCUCACUACAUCUCCAAAGUAAGUGAUGUAAACAUGUUCUGGUUAAUUUUUUAAUAAAGUUUUAUUUUUGUAAAGAAAUUUAUCAAAAUACAAUUGUAUUACCUUUGCAUAUGCUAUACUGCUUAUGUUUUUAUACAGACCUAUUUAUAUAUUCUAUUUUAGUUGUUGAUUUAUUAAGAAAUUAUAUUGUUCUUUUACGAGAUCUUUUACUCUAGUACAUUGUGCAAUUGCUGGCGUAUGCACAUUUUCACCUCCUUUCUCUUCACUUUUAUACCAUAUUGAAAGAAAAUUAUUGGGGCCAAUUGUGGUCAAAAUUCUACUGUUUUCUCUUUAUACAAAUCAAAUGCUUUGAUUUAGAAUAAAGUGUAUAUUUCUCUGGA